UGAUGCUGCUUGCCCGCUUUGUUUUUGCUCUCUACUCCCGCAAUCCCGCUAUUGCGAAUGGGUUGCCUAUCGAUGGGUAGUCCGUCACUUGGAUUUCAAACACCAUACCAGAAUCCCCGAUUCGCAAUUCGUGAAUUGUUUCAUGGAUCCAAAGGAAACCUCUCAAUCAAUCCAACCACAAUGCAGAAUUCACUCUCUUUCCAUCCCAAAUUUCGACCCACGAACACACUCAAGGUGGGUGAGCUUCAAAUCCUUUCAUACUGCCCUUGUUCAUCGGUUCUUCAACUACCCAGUCCGAAUAAUUCCAGCAUGCAUCGUUCUUUCGCUUCCCAGAACAAUAUUUUGAAGGUCUGCGUGAAAAAGGUAGCUGGUUUUCUUGUUGGGUCUCUCAUUCUCAUGGGGAGUUUCAACAUAGGACCGGCUAUAGCAUUUCCGACCACCCAGAAAGCCGGUUAUUCUGCGUCUGUGGAGGAAAAAACAGAUGCCCGAGAUGAUAAAGGUGAGAAUGAGGCUAUGUAUUUGAAGUUAUUGGAGAAGAACCCAAGAGAUGUACAAGCACUGAAAGUGGUUCUGUAUGGAAAAAUGAGGAAAGGAAAAACAAAGGAGGCUUUGGAGCAUGUGGAGAGAUUGAUUGAUAUUGAACCUGAUGAGGUAGAGUGGAGACUUCUACAGGCUCUCUCUUAUGAGAUGAUGGGACACCUGAGCAGGGCGAAGAGACUUUUCAAAGAAAUUUUAGAGGAGAGGCCUCUCUUACUUAGAGCUUUGCAUGGUCUGGCGAUGGUAAUGCACAAAAACCAUGAAGGGUCAGCUGUCUUUGAGAUGCUGGAUAAGGCUUUGUUACUUUCUCAGCGCGGGAAAAGAGUUACAGAGGAGCGAAAUAUAAGAAUUUUAAUUGCACAAAUGCAUGUUGUAAAGGGUGAUUUGGAGGAGGCCUUGAAAAGGUUCCAAGACUUGGUUAAUGAUAACCCUCGUGAUUUUCGGCCUUAUCUCUGCGAGGGGAUAAUCUACAGCCUAUUGGGUAAAAAGAAAGAGGCUGAUGAGCAGUUUGAGACAUAUCGGAGCCUUGUACCACAGGAAUUCCCCCAGAGAGGAUUCCUUGAUGACGUUGUAUUGGCUGCAAAAACAGAACCUCGGGAGAGGUUGGAGGAGGAGUUUGGGGCUGAAUGUUCAUACAGAAAGUAAAAUGCACUUGUCAGUUUGUCUGCAGAGUUGACUUGGGGUUGGUAAGUUUCAGCAAAUAAGAAAUUUGUAUUAACCCAAUAUGGCUUUAAAGAGGAAAUGGAUUGUUCUCUUUAUAUGUUGUCAAAAAGGACAAGACAAUCAAAAUUUUGUUUGGUAACAGUCUAUGUUCUACACUUCGUACAAUAGAUGCUGAAGGCUGAUGGCCCAACACCCCGAUUUGAGAGAAAAAAUGACCCUAUAGCUAGUGCGACAGUGGAGCUUAUCUUUAUUCUUUUUUUCUGUUUUCCCCCGUUUUCGGUUUUUUGUAUUCACCAAGCAUCAGUAUUUGGUCGCAUGAAGGUCCGCUUACUUCGUUGAUUUAUGUUGAACCCUAGUAACUUGAUGGUGGUUUGACUCUCUUUCUUUAUGAUGUAGCCAAUAUUACCAAUUGAAGGAUUAUUUUAGUGUGGAGUCAAAACAUGGUGGGUUAGAUAUUAAUCUUGCUAGUAGUUGGGGACUAGUCCAUUUGUUGGGUUAUGAAGACUGUUUGAUUGGAACAUAUUUUGUCUUGGCUAUUC